AUGCCUCCAUUCGUCUUCACAGCCUCAAAAACAGCCCUUAUCACCGGAAGCGCAUCAGGCAUCGGCCUCGCCGUCGCCCAAAAAUGCCUCGACCACGGCAUGAAGGCCCUCAUCGUCGACAACAACGACGGCUUCCUGGCCUUGGCACAAUGUAGCUUGGGAGAAGACAAGGUCUUAACCGCCAAAGCAGACGUCAGCAAUCUCAAGGACUGGGCUCAUCUCAAGAAACGUGUCGACAGCGAUUUUCAGGGUAGGAUAUUUGCCUCGCUCGAUCCUUCCUCAACCUGGGACGACCCCUCGACCUUUCAAACAAUCUUGAACGCAAACCUCCUUGGCGUCAUCAACGGCAUCGCAACCUUCAAAUCCGCCGUCUCAUCGUCCUCCUCUUCUUCUUCCACCACCGCCAUCGUGAUCACCGGCUCAAAACAAGGCAUCACAAACCCACCCGGCAACCCAGCCUACAACGCUAGCAAAUCCGCCGUCAAAACCAUCGCCGAACACCUCUCCUACGACCUCCGCGAAUCCUCUCCCAGCACCAGCGUUUUUCUCCUCGUGCCCGGAUGGACGUUUACCAGUCUUGGACGCGAAGCCAGCUGA